AUGUUGAGAGUUACUUGGAAGACGCACACCUGCAGCACCUGGAGUGCCCAAAUAUUGCUGAAUCUUUCUUCCAACGCUGCAGCUUUUGCUAGGGCAGCAAACUUGUUUCAUUCUUUGCAACACCAGCCUUCAGAAAUGGUGUCCCAUCAGUUUGCUUGGUUCCAAUUGCUCGUAACAGUGAUAACAGAAUUAAGCGCACACAACAAGAACAUGCCACUAGCCCGUAUUGAGCGUUGUCACAGUGAUGGUGUCCCCUCUGCACUACACCCUACCAAAGAAGUAGCUCAAGCUCAGACCACACAAUCUGGUGUUAUGCCUGUUGUGAAUCAACUUACAGUGAAUUCCAAAAUGGAUCAUUGUCAGCACCCAACAUGGGUAGCUAUUGCCAACACAGCAGCAGCAUUUUUUGCACCUAACACCCAGGGCCUUGUCCCAGGUCAAACUGUGACAGGAAAGGAGUUGACUUUCAAGAAUGUCAAAUAUUUGGAACUCCACAGUAUUUUAGAAAAGAAAGGAUACACUUCCAAUCAGAUUUUGAUUAUAUUUGGUCCACCCUCUCCUAUACACAAGACACCCACUAAAAAUCUGCACAACUGUUUUCUAAAAGCCAUGGGGGUGCAGGACGCAAGUGCGGGAACAGAUAACAUAUCCAACCCUAUGUCCGUGUGGGAUGUAAGCACGGCUGAAAGCUUCAAGAUACAGAGCAACAAGACCAGUAACAACAGGCCAAAGGGCAAAUAUGUACCGGAUAUUGGUAUUGAACACCCUCAGAUUGGCCUUAUAUUCCCAGUAGAGACCUGCUUUACCCAGACCUUAAACAGUGCCCAAGCCCGCAUUGCAAAUUAUACUUGCUCUGAUCCAUUACUUGGGUACAACUACAAGUGGGUGGGCCACUUCAUGUGUAAUAUCAAAGUCUACGUUAAAGAUUGGAAAAUGACAGCAGGUCAGCUGUUACCACAGGAGAGAAACUUAGCGGCUGUGAACGAGGCAUUGCAGGAGGCUUGGCAUGCUAUGGUAGACAAGGUCUACCCUGGGUUGGUUUUGUUUGAAGCUCUCAAGAAGGGUGUCAUUAUAAACACCUAUCUUUGCUAUACGACUUGGUAUACUGAGCACAAGAGAAGCAGAAACAAGGGUGAUAAUACUGAAAGCGGUGGCCUGGGAACUGAUGCAGCAGGCAAUAGUAGCAGGGACAAUGUGAAUGAUGGUGGUCAAUCUGUCCACAAACACCACGGUUAG